GCAAGCGCGGUGGCGGCGGCGGAGGCGGCGACGCAGGGCCUUGUGCAAGAGCGCGGCGGCAAAGCGUCACUCAGGUGGAAGACCGUCCGCAAGCGCACUGGCACGGACGUUGCACCACUGCCCGGCGACGACGACGACGACAGCGACGGAUCGCACGCGAGCCUAUCGGCACGGUCUCUGGCCUCAAAUGGCGAACCUGUGCUGGUGGUACUACAUAUCGAAAUUAACCGAAUUCAUGGAUACCGUACUUAUCCAACAAAUAUGAGUGAUCUGAAAGGGGGACAUGGCACAUUCUCCAAUCUGAUUAAUAACAUCGUGCACGUCAUAAUGUACUUUUAUUAUAUGAUGGCUGCCAUGGGACCUGAAUACCAUAAGUACUUGUGGUGGAAGCGUCAUCUGACAACCCUCCAGCUGGUCCAGUUCGGCCUGGUCUUCGUGCACUCGGCGCAAGUUCUUUUCUUCGACUGCGGGUAUCCCAAGCUGGUCGCCGCCCUCCUCCUGCUGCACUCCGUCAUCUUCUUCGGACUCUUCUUCGACUUCUACCAGCAGGCGUACAAGAAGAGGGAC